UCAAAGUCACACAAAUCGGCUGCGAACAGCUGGGCACUGGAUUCGUUGACAAAUGCGACUGUAUUAACAUGGAUGAGGCAAAGUUGUCACUGAUUUGCCCAACUAAUUAGCAAAAAUAUUGAUUCUAAACUCGGCCUACUCCAGUCUAUACCAGCACACUCCAGACUGUCGAUGCACAGAAAGAAAAUACAAAUUUUUUGUUUGUUCUUCUACCUCUUAUUUCAUAAAGAUAAAUCGAUAAACAUAUUGUCUUUUAUUUCUGGACCUAUAUGUAUUCAAAAACUAAAGAAGGGAUAUUCAUCGGAUAUUUUUGAAAUUUUCUCUCCGUGCUUCUCAGCUUCAUCUCAGUCUCGUCUUGAGGGUCUUGUUUAUCGUCGGCUAUGUAUGGACGUAUUUAAUUUAUCCACUCACUCCACUGGCAUCGUGGAAUAUACUAUGGAUGCUGUAAACGAACUCUGGCACGAAGUGACAUUGAACGCCGUCCACAAUAGCCAACUGUCGGGGCGUUGACGAUGUGCCGCCAUGCGUAUGAGCGUUAUUAUCACGUAUACGCAUGGUAAACAUGUUAAACAACAUCUUUCCCAUCCUUUUGGGGGCGCAAUAUGGGCGUGCCCGAAACCCGAAAAACACUUUUUGCUUCUGUGUACAUAAAUAAAUUCAAUCUUGCCACUGGCUUAUAAGGGCUUACGGAUUUUGAUUUAAUUUUAGCGAAUGCAAAACACGAAAAUUAACAAAAAACUUACCCAUUAAAUUGUAUAUUAUAUAUUUGUUAGGGACAAAGGACGAAAAUUUCAUACUUUUUUUGAGGAAACGUGAAAUUAAUCGGUUUACGAUUAAAAUAAUUAACCAAAGAGAUUCUGUAACUAGAGUAAUACUGAUACGUAAACGACAAAAUAAGAGCGAAUGUGACUCAAAAAUAUGCAAAAUUAAAUCCAUUCGUCCUUAAUUUGUUUGGUAGUAGUCUUGCCAACCAAACUUCAUCCGACAAUGCACAGCUGGAGUUCGGAAUGCAUCAACCAGGCAUUUUACAGACGUCAUGCCGUCUCUUUGUGCCUUUGUAUUUCAGUCAGACUAUGCCUUUUUUUUUAUUUUUCGCAUUAUUCGACUCACACUUCCACAGGAUUAAUUAAGGUAUGACUUAAAAGGCAUUGUCAUCUGCUUACAUAAAUAAUAAUAAUGGAACUAAAUUAAAAAUUGAAAGCACCCACAUUCUAUGCCUUAAAAGUCAUAAUAUACAUUUUGUUUUACAACUCCUUGGUGGUAGAUAGAAAAUUCCAAAUUUGCCGCCAAUUUGGUGACCUCAACUUGGCCAUAAUGUGUAACAUCGACUGCUGCUCGGGCCGGUCACCAAUUGCCAAGCGAAUGGCGGCCCGUCGGCUUUUGCAGCUGCAGGAGGAGGAGGAACGCAGGAAGCCCAAGCUGGUGAUCCCGACGCCCCAGAGCCUGUUCUACCCCUACGAAGAAGUGGAGGCCAUGUCUCAAUAUAUCAUAGAAACCAGUCACAUUCGUCCGAAAUACGGUUUGAUUUGCGGCAGCUUCCUGGGCUCGAUGAUCUCCCUGGUGGAGCAACCGGUGGUCAUUCCCUUCGCGGAUAUCCCCAACUUUCCCGCCGGCAUUGAGGCAAAUGAUAGCCUCGUUGUGGGCAACGUGAUGGGUGCUCCCAUUAUCGCUUUGGUCAAUCGGUUCCACUCCUGCGAUGGCUACAAUCUGGCCACCUGUUCGCUGCCCGUUCGCGUGAUGCAGUUGUGCGGGGUCAAGACCAUCAUGCUGACCUCCAGGGCAGCUGCUGUGAAUCAACAAUACGGCCUGGGCGAUAUUAUGCUGAUCGAAGACCACAUCAAUGUAGUGGGCAUGAUGGAUCAGACCUCGCUGGAGGGGCCAAGUGAUCCGCGAUUUGGCAGUCGACCCUUCUCGAUGGUCGACUCCUACGACAAGGACCUGCUGGCGAUGGGUCUCGACAUUGGCCGGGAGAUUGGCUUGAACAAAUUCCUGCACCGUGGCGUCUACGCCUGCCUGGGUGGUCCUGCCAAUGAAACUUUGGCCGAGGAGCGAGCACUGCGAACAAUGGGUGUGGAUGCCGUGGGCAUGUCCUUGUUGCCCGAAGUUAUAGCCGCCCGGCAUGGUGGCCUGAAAAUCUUCUCCUUUGUCAUAAUCAGUUGGGCGGCCAACGAUAAGCCCGCUGAGGAAGGUGACAAAGACGCAGAUCACAGAUCAUCAAGGACCGAGGAUAAGGAACCGAUGGAGGUCUCACCGCUAAGAGUGCAAGCCUGUUGCGAUUUGAUUGGUCGCCUACUCUACGAUAUGCACCAAGAGCGCUGACGAUCGAUUCGUCCCGUCCCGAAAAUAGAUUUCUUGAAGCCCC